UAUGUGGGGCGAGGAGCGGUACAAAAAUGCAAACAAUGCAAACACCCACCAACCCGCAGCAACGUCAACCUUGGCCACCGAAAUCGACCUCAAGGAGGAGAGAUACACAUCGACAAACAAAGAUAGGACAAGACUGGACGGACCAAAUACCAAGCAAGGGUGGUGCUCCUCAAGGUUGGACCCAAUUGUGAUUACGUUUUACAGCGCUGGAAAUUCUGGUCAGAAGAUCUUUUAGCUUCACAUACAGAUUUCUAUCCAGUCAACAACCGUCAGCAUGUCACAAUCCUUACGACCAUACCUCCAAUGUGUUCGCUCGUCUCUGACCGCCGCCCUUGCGGUAUCGAACUUUGCCUCCCAGACCUCAGAACGACAUAACGUCCCGGAAAUAGAAGCAGCUACUUCUCCAGAACUUCUUCUUAACCCGCUUACGGUUGCGCGCAAUGAGAAAGAGAAAGUUCUUAUAGAACCUAGCGUAAACAGCGUUAGAGUUAGCAUCCGAAUCAAGCAGGCAGAUGAAAUCGAGCAUAUCCUCGUACAUAAAUUCACCAGGUUCUUAACUCAGCGUGCAGAGGCAUUUUUUAUCCUCCGACGGAAGCCUGUUAAGGGUUACGACAUCUCAUUUUUGAUCACAAACUUCCACACAGAAGCUAUGUUAAAACACAAGCUGGUUGACUUUAUCAUCGAAUUCAUGGAGGAGGUUGACAAGGAAAUAUCCGAGAUGAGACUAUUCGUGAUUAAACGCUCGCGCGCGAUUUGUUGCUGAAUCCUUUCUAACACCCUUCGACUAGUGGUAUUUCCCCUAUUUGUCAUUAGCUUUAAGCCAACUGUUCGAACUACCUUGGAGACAUCCCCAUGUCAUUUUUGUUCCGUGUGCUCUGACCUGUCUGAUGGAAACUUGUUUAUGACUCAAUUAUAAGGUGUUGUAAAUAAGUUUGUAAAUGACUCAAAGUUGAACUGAAGGGUCUAACAAAUACCCACGCCUAAAUACGGACAACUGUGGCCAUACAGUCCUCGCCUAUAUAUUUUCAAAAUUAUAUCAGCUCUACCGGAUUUGUCUUUUUCUGCAAAUUGAUUUUUAUGACCGUUGCCAUUUAUAUAUACCCUCUUUCAUGCCUGACGGCUUUUAUACUAUGCGGCUUGAAUUUCCUAAUUAGGAAACUUUGACCCCAACUCUCAAAUUCAAAAUAAUAUACCAGCCGUUACUCCUGAACUCACUGACCAAUUUAUGAAUGUAAGAGUAUAAAACUCUUCAUUCUUAUUUAUACCGGGUAGCUCAGUCUACAUGGGUCUUCCACAUCAUAUCGCCUUCCCUAGGAGUGGCUUCCUGAUCCCCUUGAUAUAUUUUAACAACGUUUAGAAUACAAGGCAGGAACCUCAAUAUCCCCUGUUAGAUAGCAUGGGAUGCUAUUUUCCUGGCCUCCCAAAAUCUAUUCAGGCCUUGCUCUUUAUUCUAUGGAGUAUAACAUGCAAGUGACAGACAAGUGCUCACUAUCUCCAGUUUUAUAUAGCUUUCCACUCUUCCAAUUAUAUGGCAUCCCCUAUUCCUUAUAUGUCACUUUGAUACCUACAAACCCAUCAAUCCUUCUAUCUAUAGAUACUUAAUUUCUAUAUCAUUCUUGUCUUUGCAUGUGCUUAUAGCACAGCCUAUCAUAGUUUCUCAUGCUUCUUAGCUUUGGCAGCGUCCUCCAUAUAUCUGCCCUAGCCCUAUGUUGCACUGUCGACGCUGCGGCGACUAAGCAUCCCACAAUAACAGGUAUAAAAGCCUCUUCUUCUCUUGUUUGUUGACAUUCUUCUUUUCUUUCUGUUCAUCUCCUUUCCCUUUCACCACCUUACCUUUAAGUACCUCCUUUUCUUUUAUUAGAAAGUGGUAUCAAGUUUGGUGUCAAGGCUGCCACCUAGGGCCCUUCAAAACCAACUGACAAGCCUGUUGCUCCCUUCCCUGCCUGCCUUAGUUGCUGCAUUUUGCCCCAAUCCUUCUGUUCAGUCUCUUUGUGAUAUCUUUACCCCGUCACCAACAAGGGCUUUUCGAAGUUGAGCUUCUGUAUCAAGUCAAGACAAGAUCCUCAGGGUAUAUGUUGAUUGCCAAAAUGGCUCCCUGCGUGGUCAAGGGGUAUAGCUCUCAGCUUUCAAAAGGUUCGUCUGAUAAUUCAGUCCAAGGGAACGUUGAUACCACCGCAAACGGCAAGGAUGAAUAUCAGCCUGCGGAGACUAGUAGUGUCGUUGCAACGACAGCGUCGGUGGCCUCGCACCAGGAUGCCCAGCAGAUGCCGGAGCAAAGUGUCACCAUUGCCGAAGUCGUC